AAUAUGUCCUCCAAGUUCAAAAAGGGUGUUGGAAAAGUCGUAGCCAUCAACCAAACAACAAAAAGGUUGUCUAUGAGUACAAAUGACGAYAAAGGCAAGACAGCUGCAACUGGCGCACUAAAGAGUACUGUUGACAGAGUUCGAUUGAAGCUUAAAGUUGCUGCCCUUCUUGGAGUUGCGAAAGAAGUGGAGUCCGAAAAUAAGGAAUUUGUAGCAGUCUUUCAUGCUAAGCAGAAUCAACAAGAUGAUCCAUUGCUGCAAAGCGAGAAGGAAGAAGAAAACAUGUGGGACAUAGUAGACAUGGAUGAGGAGGCCGUAGAAGAGUAUGCCUCUAAUGAACUGGUUGGUCAGUUCUUAUCUAAUGCAAUCUUCAGGACUGGAAUCCUUUGUAUUAUCCUCUUUAACUGCCUUCUUAUUGUGGUAGAGACAGAUGAAGAACUAGAAAGAGAAUACAACCAUUUGUUCUCAGUCCUUGACCAGUGUCUCAUGACCAUAUUUGUCUGUGAAAUCCUGGUCAAAUGGUACCAUGGCUUCUUCAUGUUCUGGAAAAUGGGAUGGAAUGUCUUGGACUUUUUUAUCGUUUCUUCACUACUCCUAGGUCCAUUGUUAAGUAAGGACUCAGGAAGUCGAGGAGUAUUAAGGAUUCUCAGAGUACUAAGAGCCUUUAGGAGUUUAAGAAGUAUUAGCUCGUUACCAGGGCUACAGAUCGUGGUGCAGACAAUUUUACAGUCCAUUCCAGGUAGGGCAGAAGGUGAAACCAACUACAUCGGUGGAGGGAUAUUUCUUCUCAUUUUCAUUGCAAUUGGUGCCUUUGUAUUUGCUAACUUAGUGGUCGCGGUCGUUGUUACCAAUUUGGAAUUUGCAAUGGCUGACGUUAAACACGAGGGAAAAGAACGAGAAGCCGAUGAUUUGAAGAGCAAAYUUGAAUCCGAAAAUGAUGUGGUUACUACAUUAAGCCCAGAUGACAUUCCACCUAAAGUAUUAAACAAACAAAUGCCYUUCCAACUACCUGAAUUUGAGAGUUUCCCUAUUGACAAGCUAGAAGAUUAUUUUACCAUCAUAUAUGCGUUAGAGAAUAACCUUGCUGAAUACAAGAAAAUCAAAGAUGAAGUGAUCGAGGUUUAUGGAGAGGUAUGUGAUCUUCAAGACAAAGCSAAGAAAGAAGGUAUUCUGAAAGACGGAGGUGACUCCGGUGAAAGAGCGUCAACUCAAGGACUUCAUACAACGGGAGGAGACAUAAUAUCUAAUCUCAUGGAGAUGGAGAGUGCAGGUCGAUCGUUAGAUUCACACAAGGAUAACCUUGCAACCAUGCURAAAGAAGGUGCAAAACUUGUCAGUCAAUCCUCGCCGCGUGAUCGCUGA